AUGAUUCCAAUGAUAUUUUUAUUAAUGUUAAUUUUUCAAAGAAUUCCCGGAAAAUUUUUAUACAAUUCCGAAAGCUCAUCUAUUAUCGUUGUACGACAUAUUCGUUUACCCACCGACAAUGAACACUACCGUAUACGAUGUCCAUAUAAUUUAAAUCAUAUAACUCUCACAUUAUUGAAUUAUUCGAAUGGAGAUUGUUUCAAUUUAUAUACAAAAUCGAUGCAUAAUGCCUGUAUCAAUAACCAAUCUCCUUGUCGAUUUCAUGCAAAAUCUAUUAAACUCAGCUGCAAUGACCCUUCACAUUCAAAUCUUGUUGAUAUCACUUACCAUUGUUCAGUUUUAUCUCUAAUGUCAUCGAAUACACAAUCUUUGAACAACGACAAAAUAUCAUCAUCUUCUAAAAUUGCAGAUGAAUCCAUUUAUUCGACCUCUCCUCCAUCAAAUACAAUUACUUUACAUGCUCUAUCUUUUCCAUCAGCUUCCAUUGAUAGUGAAGAAAGUAUCGGUAUAUUUCUCAUCGGUCUCAUUACAGUUUUUAUUCUCUGGCUGACAAUUUGUUGCAUGUGGUUUGUUGGAUGUAGUCAUAGGCGUGAGCAAGACGAUGGAAAAUGUGAAUUACUUUCAUUUGGACCUCAUCCAAAAGUUGAUAAUAUCGAUUUUACAAUUAUAACUCAAACCAAACCAAUGAUUGUCGGUAAUCUAUCUGGUCAUACAAGUACAGGCGGUCUUGACAAUAUUUGUGUUUAUGUCAAUCCUCUCGAAAAUAAAUGCAGCUCAUCAUCGAAAAUAACACAAAUCGAUUGA